AUUUCACAAGUCUCUCACUUCCUCACUUCUUGUACAUAGUACGUACUGCGCGUACGUCAAGCGUGCGGUCUCUUAAUUGGGACACAGCCUCAGUGUCCGGCACCUGUACAGUCCCACAAUAAACACAGGAAGACCAGAGACCAGACGAGUCGCCCCCUGCUGGAAGCGGGAGAGAAUGUCCAUCUUUUAUGUACAGGCGUUUGAUCAGCUGAUCAAACGUCGUGACGUCUCUCCAGAUGUUUUACCUUCACGUGCAUUAUGGAGGUGAGCCGCGUGUGCGCGCGGGGCUGCAGCAGCCUCGAGGUCCUGCGAGCGGUCUCUUUAAGAGCGGAGCCGCGCUCUCGCAGCGGCGACCGGAAGCGCGCGGUCACGGCUCACCGGUAACAGACAGAGAUCUGCUGCGGAGGAUCCCAGCUUUCUCCGCGUGUCAGUCACACAUGCUUAAUGUGCCGCUCCGGUCAUGACUCGUGCACGCGCUCUCAGACCGGCGGCUCGUGGCCUUUGUCAGCGGGCUCUGCUCGCGUAAGCGGAUCUGAGACACAGAGGGACGAUCAGCAGCAGUGAUGUCCGGGCUGAGUGAGCCCAGCCUGAUGGAGCUGCCCAUGGAGAGUUGGAUGUCUCGCCUGCCAUGUGCGCUGUGGGAUGUCCCGCUGUUCCACCUGGCCAUCCCAGGCAGCCAUAAUGCAAUAACCUACUGCCUGGAUAUGGACGACAGGUCUCCCAUCGACCUCAUGCAGCCUGACAUGCUGCAGAAGCUCGACAAAUUCAUGAAGCCCCUCAUUCGUCCAUUUGUGUACAAGUGGGCAAAAACCCAGGAGUGUUGUAUAAAGCAUCAGCUGGACUGUGGGGUGAGGUACUGCGACCUGAGGAUUGCACACAGGCCCAACGACAGCUCCACACACCUGUACUUCUACCAUGGCGUCUACACCACGCUCACUGUGGAGACAGUGCUGACGGAGAUCCGAGAGUGGCUGGACGCCCAUCCCAAAGAGGUGGUCGUCCUCUCCUUCAGCCACUUCCUCGGCCUGAGCCAGGAGCUCCACGCGGUGCUGCUCACCACCAUACGUACUGUGUUUGCCUCCAAACUCUGUCCCAAAAAGGCUGAGGUCACUCUUCGUAAGCUCUGGGCUUCGGGCUACCAGGUGAUCGCGUCCUACGAGCACAGCACGGAGCGCCGGCACACUGAGCUGUGGCCGGACAUCCCAUACUGGUGGGCCAACAAAUGCAAAGCCGAGGCUCUGAUUGAUGAGUUUGAACGCAUGAAGCAACAAAACAGGAGACCAGGAGGUUUCUUUGUGACGGGGAUUAAUCUGACGGAGGACCUGAAGUACAUCUGCACCCACCCAACUGAGUCCCUGAAGGACCUGGUGAUGUCCACGUACCCGACGCUGCUCGGCUGGGUCAAAGAGCAGACGCCCGGCGAGGAGGACGGCUCGCUGAACAUCAUCGCCGGCGACUUCGUCUCGGAGAGCCGCUUCGUGCCCACCGUCGUGGCGCUGAACCAGAAGCUUCUGAAGCGGUCCUCGUGACUGUAACAAGCGUGACCUGAGGAGAACGUGAACCACAGCAUGAGAAGCACACAGGCCUUUUUGUUAGCGGUGACACAAUAAUACUUGAAUAUUUGUUCAGACAUGGACGUUUCAGCCUUUAAGCUGCUUGAAAACAGACGUUCUGGUAUUUGGACCUGCACUGUUUGUUUACACUCACCUCAUUAUUUAUGCAAUGUCGGAGGCAGCGCCGUGGCCGGACUCACGUUACGCUGACCGGAGCAAUAAUUCUACAAAUAAUCCAGUGCGUAGGCUUUUUAGAGCGGGGUCGUGCUGCGUGAGAUCGAUCCGAACCCCUCACAGUCAGCUGCAACAUGACCCUACCGUACAAGCGAGCCUUCACCUGCUCUCCCCUGUCCCACCUGCUGAUAUGAGCCUGAAAUUUACCCAGGAUGCACUUAAACUGUGACAGAUCGUCACACUGUUGCUCACAGCUGCUCAGAGAUGAGGAACAGAGUUCAGAGGUCUGCAGAGUUAAACUGAGUGGUGUUAAACACCUGGUGUCUUCUGGAUAAGAGCUGAAACAUCUUCACGAAGUCGAACUGCUGCAGUCUGAAACACAGUUUAAAUGUCCCAAAAGGUUGAUUCUGUCCAUCUGGAAGAAACAGCUCAGUGUUCAUUCAGUGGGCUGGUUUGAGUCAUUGUGCAGAGGUACUGUUUAUAAGGUUGGAGACCUGCAGUCAGCUGAGA